GAGCUAGUCACAGAAAAAAGGAGCCACUGUUUCACAAUCUCCACAGGAAGGAGAGAGAGCGAGAGAGAGAGAGAGAGAGAGAGAGAGAGAGAGAGAGUAAAUAAAGAAAGAAGCGGAGAAGGGAAGCCCCCACCAAAAGUACGAUCUUUUACUUCACGUCGCCCUUUCCAAUUCGUUGCUUUCUUCUUGGUCUGUAUUUUAUUUUCUUCUUGUUGGAGUACAAAACGCCUUCCAUGCAUGGAGGGCAACAAUGGGAGUAGCGGCCUUAACUCCUACUUCCAGGCAAGAGGAGACGGUCCUCCGGCCACCGGUGGCAUCUUUGGUUCCCCUGCCUCCAACAGUAACAACCCCAAUGUCUCUUCUUCUUCUUCUUUUACUGAGGAUCCCUCGUUCGUCUUCCCGCCACACUCCGUUGGCGGGAGGACCACCGCCGCAGCCACCACUACCACCACUAUCACCACUGUUCCGGGGGUUGCGCGGCGGAAACGUGGUCGGCCAAGAAAAUAUGGCGUUGGUGCUGAUGGGUCCGUGAAGCCAACCGCUGGCGUUAGCCUUCCUCCAUCUGGCGUUGAUUCCAAGAAAAAGCCGGGCUCUCAGAAGGCGGCUCAAAUGGCAGCUCUUGGCAAUGCUGGGCAAGGAUUUACACCUCAUGUCCUCUGGGUUGCUGUUGGAGAAGAUGUUUCUAAGAAGAUAAUGUCAUUCAUGCAACAGCAAAAGGAUGCUAUUUGUAUAGUCUCAGCAAAUGGAUCGAUAUCUAAUGCAAGUCUUCGCCAACCAGCAAUGACAGGAGGGACUAUAACAUAUGAGGGCCGAUUUGAGAUCCUGUCAUUAUCAGGGUCUUUUUUACAUGCUGAAAUUGGAGGAGCAUCAUCAAGAACUGGUGGACUUAGUGUUUGUUUAUCUGGAGCAGAUGGUCGCAUUGUUGGGGGUGGUGUUGGUGGUCCAUUGAUUGCUGCCAGCCCAGUCCAGAUCAUUAUUUGUUCCUUUGUAAUUGAUGGGGAGAAGGAUAUUGGCCAAGCUGAAAAAACUGAUAGUUCAGUUGUUAAGUCGCCUCCAUGCUUUCCAGGGUCAUCAAUGGCUCCCGUGAGCUUGAGACCAAUGUCUGACUUAAAAAUUCUCGGUAGGGGGAAUGGCCAAGAUAUGAUUGAAUGUGGAUCUAUGUUCCAAUCACCACACGUGGUUAGUCCUCGGUUGACUUGGUGGAGUGGGCAUAUGAAUCUGGAUGGUAAAUUUCCAAGUUUUGCCGGAAGGGCUGGUCAGGAACAGUCUCCUAAUGCUGGACCUAACCAUUUGCCAGACUAGACAGGAACUGCAAAAUUUGCAAACCAACUUGAGGCAUACAUUUCCGUGAGAUUCAAGAUGACAUUAAUGGCUUAAUUACUCUGUACAGAUUUUUGACAUACGGAGCUAUGUUUCAUUUUUUUUGCUCCAUGAUCAGCGAUUUCAUUUGUUCAAAGAUUCCAUUACAUCCCACCAGAACUAAGUUUAUCUUCCACCAUGUUGGAUGCUUGACACAGUUUUAUUUAGAUGCAACUUAAGUUCUCCCUUUGGUGCAGUUUCACUUCCAUGUGUCUUACCCUGGGUCUUUCACGUGUACAUGACAAUAUGCUGGAUACAGUUGGUCACUGAAUCUAUGUUUAAAUCUUAAGUUUA